CACCUUUGUAUACUGCGAUGAUGCCCUGUUAUCUCUCUUCCACCGUCUGGGCCGUUCUUAUGGUGUAUCGGACCUGCCCGGCCUCUCGUCACCAACACGGGAACCCUUCUGACUCUAUCAUGCCGAGUACUGUCUUAUCUGCAUACGAAGAUGUGCUAUCUUAGAAGACUUUCAGACAUAAAACGCAAGGCCCGUCCUGGAUUAUCAGAAUCAUCUCUCGCGGCAUCAAAUCAUCCCUCGUUACCAACUACUGGCAUUUUUCGAGUUGACAUCGGAUACUUCCAUCAUCACAAUGGCGGAAAAGAACAUCGCUGAGACAAAAACCGGGCUUGAGCCUCACCCGGACGAAGAACAGGGGUCUCUGCAAGCAGGCGAGUAUGUUGCCCCUGUUCGUGGUAAGGGGGAGCUGGAGGUCAUGGCAAUGCGUGACCGGAUCCCCAUCCUGCGAAAGCUUAGAGCUAUCGAGGCGUGGCUCGACAACAAGCUCGGUAUCGAGACAACAGGCGCGGAUCGCAUUCCCGAAGAUCAGCGUCGGCCUCCAAGCAUCUUUAAUAUGAUGUUCUUCUGGUUUUCUAUGCUGAUCUCGCCUGGCACCAUAACACUGGGAUUAUUGGGUCCCAUCUAUGGAUUGUCUGUGAACGAUUCGAUUAUCAUCACUGUCUUCGGAUCAGCUAUCGGCUCUAUCGUGCCUGCUUUCACGGCAACGUUAUGCGCUCCCACAGGUCUUCGUCAAAUCGCCGUGUCCAGAUACGCCUUUGGAAUAUUCGGCUCCAAAGUGUGCGGUCUACUCAACAUUAUAGUCAAUCUUGGCUUUGGCACCAUCGCCUGUAUCGUCGCAGGCCAACUCAUCAGUGCCGUCAGCGGAGGCAAAGUCACAAUCGCAGUUGGAAUCAUCAUCCUCAGCGUCACGGCCUAUGUUAUCUCCUUCUUAGGUUUUCGCAUUAUUCACCGAUACGAACAGGUGGCCUGGAUCUUUAUCCUAAUUUUGAUGUGCGUCGAGUACGGGCAAUCAGCCAAAUACUAUUCGCCCACACCAGCCCUCUCAUACAGUUCCGGAGAAACCAGGACCGGUGCAGCAUUGAGCUACUUUGCUCUGAUAUUUGGUACAGCAGCCGCCUGGUGUUCCAUGUCGGGUGAUUACUACGUCCACUAUCCUGCAGAUAUCAGCAGGUGGCUCGUUUUCUGGCUGACUUGGGUUGGCUUGACGGUUCCCACAAUCUUCGUCAUUGUCCUCGGAAAUCUCUAUGGAGGGAUUAUACUCACCAAUCAGGCCAUGGCGGAUACCUACGACGAUGGAGGUAUAGGAGCACUGAUUUUGGCGACGAUGUCGCCUUCUGGAUGGAGCAAGUUUGUCUGCAUCGUAUACACACUGUCAAUGGUGGCUAACCUGACUGCCAUCUACUAUUCUUCGUCCUUGUCAAUUCAACUAUGGGGGAAGUACUUCAUGGCAGUUCCACGAUUUGUGUGGAACAGUCUCCUCGCUGCAAUCAGUCUGGCACUGGCUUGGGGAGGAAGAGAGCAUCUGGUAGAUAUUCUGACCGAUUUCCUGUCCCUACUUGGAUACUGGACAAUUUGCUUUGGCUCUAUCCUUGCAUUCGAGAACUUCUGGUUCCGCCCUCGUAAUGGUGGCUACGAUCUCGCUGGGUGGCAGGACUACGACCGGAUGCCAUUGGGUAUUGCAGCCUGCGUGAGUCUGGCUCUCGGCAUCGGUGUCAGCUUCCUGGGCAUGGACCAGACUUGGUACGUUGGGCCGGCAGCUAAAGCAAUUGGAGACUAUGGCGGCGAUCUUGGGAACUAUAUCACACUGGUUGCUGUUUGUCUGGCUUACCCUGUUCUCCGACACUUUGAGAUCAAGCUCACAGGACGAUGAACGGUGCAGAGAUGCUUCCUCUAAUGGUGUCUCUCGGCAGAAUUGCAAUGACGAUGCUAUAGGUGUUCAAGAAAGAAGGCUCGAGAAAGGAGAUUCAAGGUAUGACGUUAAGUAUAUUUCAAUAAGCUCAAGGGUUCAGUGGACUUAGAGCUUGCAAUUCAAAUCCAAGGUCAAGAUAGCCAGACAAGAUCCUAUACAGAGUACGACAAAUCAGAUCUAUCAAUGAUUGUAG